AUGACUUCCAUUCCACAACAAGAUUUUGAUUUUUCCGAUGUUGCUGAGUUUUCUCCAGUGAACGGUUCAUUUAAAAUCAGGGAUGGAAAUCUUUGGGCUCUUACAAAAACCAGAAAACUCUUUUUCUGCCGAAUGUUAACUUACGAUUUACCAAAAUACAGACUAGUACAAGGUGCAGAGAAUAUCCUUUUCCUUUUUGUUUCUCCUGAUGGCAAAUAUUGCAUGUACAGAACACAAAAUUGCACUUAUUUUGUUUCUGAUAUUGAUUUAAUUCCACAUUCAAUUCAUAUGGAUGCUCAAUAUCCAAUUACAGCAGUUUCUUGGCUUAAAAAAGAAUCAACGACAACUCUUUUCAUGAUAACAAACGCGGAUAGUUUAUAUGUCGUUAGCGUCUCGAGUAAGAAUCCUCAAACACAAAUUAUCCCAAUGCCACAAGUUCAUAAGAAAAUACAAGAGAAACCCGUCGGUCUUUUAAUUCUAGAUCUCGACAAAUUACAAAAAAUCGGAAUGAUUAUCAUUACAAAAACACAAAUCGUGCCAUUUAUUUUGAAUUUGAAUUACAUAUGCGAACAUAUACAGAACCAAAAGGCCGCUCACUUCCCAAGCCUUAGAAAUGCCAAUUCUCCUUUAGUUACUGAAGGAAACAUGAUUGGCGUUUGGGUAUCCAAUGAGCGAAUUUUUGGCUUCGAACUCAAUGACAAAGCUCUAAAACCCGAUGAUAUUAUUUCGAAUCAAUUUUUCUUUACAAUUCCAGGCAAUACGAUCUGGUAUACCAUCAACGACGGACUUGUUUUUACCAUGGAUAUGAAUGUACAUAUCAAUUAUCUCUACGAUAGCAACCUUUACGAACUUUUGAGUAUUCCUGUUGAUCCUUCAACGCUUGCCGAUAUAGAUCCAGUGACGAAAGACGUUUAUCUGUUAAGAGAAACCGGUUUCACAAGGUAUUCAUUCCCAGGAUCGAACCAUACAUCGGAAUCCUUUUUCAAUAUGCUUUACUCGCAAUCUUUCAAUCUCCACAACCUCAAACUAUCAUUACACUUGUUCACACACUCAGGAAAAUCACUACAACAGCACUUAAAUCAUUACAAUACGACAGAUAGAAUCAAAAUUUUGAGAUAUCUCUUGAAGGAUCUCCGAAAUGCGGCCGGAAAUGGAAGAUCCACCAUCAAGUUACAGGCAAACCUCGCGUAUCGAUGCUUAGAACUCUGUAUUCGUGCUCAUGCCGAAUCAAAUUACUCGGAAUCGUCUCCUAUCAUCAAAAACCUGCUAAGCGUCAAUCUUAUUUCGGUUAAGAAUGUCAAGGAGCUCUGUAUUCAGUACGGAGAAGUUGAUUUUGCGUUAGAAUUUAUGGAUAUUAAAGAAAAACUAGAUUUACUAUAUGAUCGUGGUAAUUAUUCUGCUGUUCUUGACAAGCUAUUGCUCCUCCCAGACGUAGAUUUGAUUGUUGAUUACGUAAUUCGAUUAUUACAUUUCGAUAUUGAUAAAACAAAAGAGAUUAUCAGGAAACUACCUUCAUGGGAUAACUACAAACUCAAUCAUAUCCUCUCUGCCCCAGAAUUCGAGGACAUUGUCGCUGAAGCGCCGAUUACAAAAAUUACAACAGACGCUCUGAAGCAUUUAUAUGCAGAAUACUGCGCCAAAAGAGGUAAUCUCGAGUUCCUUAAGCACAGUGCCAUCCCAUUACCUACUAAAAUGGCUGUAAUUAGAUCUCUUUCCGCACAGAAGCGCUACAAAGAGUUUUCAGAUGGUUUAUUCUUUGCAAAACAAUACACUGAUAGUGUUUUGGCUGCACUUGACUCUUCUAUUGAAGAUUGUGUCAAUUCUAUUGUCAGGAUUCCAGAGCGAGCUCAUUUGAGGCGCAAUGUUACUAAAGCAGUCUUUAGCACAGUUCAAAGAGAUGUCGCACAGCAGAUCUGCCGCAUACUUUUGUCGAAAAACUGCAUUGAUCAGUCCAUUGCGUUGGAAUACCUCCCAAACGAUGCUAAAGUUAGUGAUUUAACAACAUCAAUGCAAUCAUACAUAGCAAAGAUGUGUUCUGAUCAACAAUACAUCACUAAGGAAUCUAAAAUUACACAAGAUAAAAUCUCACGUGCUCAUGUUCUGAACAAAGCACCUAAAUUCAGUGUUGAAAUAUCCCGAGACGAAACAUGUCCAUUCUGCAAGCAGACUCUUAUCGGAAAGCCAUUCUUAGUCUUUCCUUGCGGUCACAAAUACCAUAAAGAGUGUUCAGUUCAGCGUAAAGAAUGUGCAUUGUGUGCAAACCCAGCAAUCAUGGACAUUGGAGUUCCUUUUGUCGGAAAUCCUCUUAAAUGGUCAACAGAAAUCAAUAGACCUUAA